AUGUCCGCGGCGCGCUGCCGCUUCCUCUUCGAAAGCGUCGCCGACCUGCAAACCCGCCUUAGAUCGAAAGGGUCCGACCUGUUGAUACAGCGGGGGCACCCCGAGGACGCCAUCCCGGCUGUCGCCGCAAGGCUUGGGAGCGGGGCUUCAGUGGUGACCGUAUACGCUCACACCGACCUUUGCUCCGAGGAGAAGAGCGUGCACGCGGCCGUCAAGUCUGCGUUGUCAUUGGUGGGGUCUGCGGGCGGCGUUGGUGGUGAUGCAACUGGUGCGUCCGUGACGGAGGUGUGGGGCAACACCUUGCACGAUCCUUCCGACCUGCCCAAGUGGGUUGUUAAGAGCGUGAUGGAGAAGGUGCUGUCGUCGCCUGAAGAGUCAGAGUCUGAUGCGUCAGAGAAUCUGAGUUGUGCGUCGGAGGACGAGAGCGGCGAUGACGCGGAGCCCUGAAUUUUUUUGUUUCCAAGGAACCUUGAAAGAAAUCGAUUUUUUCCAAGUUGACAUCAGAAAGGACUUGUAUCCAACCCCACCCUUCCCCAACUUUGGCGAGGUUCAAGUGACACUGCGUCGCGAGUGGGGUGUCCAUAGCUACUUUUGGCGCUGGAACGUUGGCAAAAGCUGCUCUAGCGGUCGCGGUAGAGGCUGUGCGCGUAGGACAAAAGUUGAUGUACGAUGCGCGGAAGACUCCAUCCCAAAAAUUCAACCGCGGUGUGUGCGCGUGCGUGCGUGUGUGUUUUUUCAAGUU